CAAUUUGGCGCCAUUGUGAAAUUUGGCGCGAGAUUGACAUUUCAGGAAGAGAAAGGAUAAAGACAUUAGUUUAUUUCAUAGCUACAUGAAAUCCGUGUUAAUCUGCUCGAAAGAAAACAUAACAGUCACUGUUAACUCACCGUCUUGUACAUGACAGUAUUGUUUUUAAUUAAUUACUUGUAUUUUAUUUUAUAAUCUUAAUUGCAACAAUGUUUGAAGCAAGACUUGUUCAAGGAUCUCUGUUGAAGAAGGUUUUGGAGGCGAUCAAAGAACUUCUAAAUGAGGCGAUAUUCGAUUGUCAAUCCACAGGAAUGACGUUGCAAGCUAUGGACAGUUCUCACGUCAGUUUAGUCUCAUUGAAUUUGAGGAGUGAUGGUUUCGACACUUACAGAUGUGACAGAAAUCUGUCUAUGGGUAUUAAUCUUGUGAGCAUGUCAAAAAUUUUGAAGUGUGCUGGAAACGAUGAUGUCAUCACUAUCAAAGCAGAUGACACUGCUGACACGGUGACAUUUGUUUUUGAAGCACCAAAUCAGGAAAAAGUGUCCGACUAUGCCAUGAAAUUGGUAGACUUGGAUACCGAACAUUUGGGCAUACCUGAUACAGAAUACAGUUGUGUGGUUAAAAUGCCUUCUGGUGAAUUUCAAAGGAUAUGCAGGGAUUUGAGUCAAAUUGGAGAUUCAGUGGUUAUUGCUUGCACAAAGGAAGGUGUAAAGUUUUCUGCGAGUGGGGAUUUAGGAACAGGUAACAUCAAGCUGGCCCAGAAGGCCGAUGCUGACAAAGAAGAUGAAGCUGUGACCAUCGACAUGAACCAGGCCGUGUGUCUGACGUUUGCUCUGCGAUAUCUCAACUUCUUCACCAAGGCGACGCCGCUCUCUGGACAAGUGACACUGUCCAUGUCACAAGACGUCCCUCUCGUUGUUGAGUACAAAAUUGGAGAACUCGGAUUCUUGAGAUAUUACCUUGCUCCUAAGCUGGAAGAUCAGGAAGAAUCAUGAACAGUGUUAUAGAUUUAUACAUACAUGUAUAUGUCAAUUUUUAACCUUAGGACCAUGAGAUAAACUUCGGAAGCUACUUCUCCUGGUAGUGUUAAUAAUGCUGCACUUGAAAUUCUGAAAGAACACACAAUUGUGCAUGAAGGACUCUAUAUAUAUCUAAUCUCAGUUUAAUAGGUUGGUAUUGAGAACAAAUAUUCAUUAAAAAAAUUCAAGUGCUCUGACGAUUAAAGAUAACAAAAUAUCAACAGUGGUCUAAUUUUUCCAUAGUUUACAACACAAGCAUCAUUAACAUAUAUCACUGAUAUAUGAAAUGAUAUGACCAAAUUUCAUAUUUGAUCGACUGCAGCCUUGGUUAAUAUACCUUCAUUCUUAUGGGUUUCUGUUUAAAUUGACCAAAAUAUUCCAUUUUAAUAAAAUUGUGUAUUUUAUUAUCAGCUAAAUUGUCAGUAAUAUUGCUGGCUAUAGCUGAAUAAUUCUUAGAACACUAUUUGAACAGAUGUUUUAAAAACGAAAUGUGAAUAAAUGGAAUUUGGCCUACAGUAGGUUUAAUUUGCAUUAAACCUCCUGUUUGUAGUCUGUUUAUACUGUGUCAUUGCAUCCAGAGUUUGAUCAUUACAUAAAUUUAACCAAUAUCCCAUGCUGUUGCUAGGCAUCUAAAAUGUGGUAAACCUGAACGACAAAACCAUAAUACAUUAUCAAGGCCAUAUCUGCACAAUGCAGAGUUGAAUGGGCAUUUGGCAAAUCUGCAAAACAAACUCGCAACUCCCCCUCCCAAAAACAACUGAUUAAUCUUUUUUUUUAAACCUUAUAAUCUGGUAUUCCACAGAUUAGACUGGAUUGGAAAGUGGUAAAGUGUAGUGACAGAAUGUAAUACUUUUUGUUAAAUACAACACAAGACUUAAAACUAAUCGCGUCAGUAGUUUGGAGGUUGGGGGUCCUCAUUCUUCAGAAAUAUUGCUCAUUUUAUUAUAACCUAGUGCAACUGUGAAAUUGUCAUUUGAUUAAAAUAUUGUAGACCAUAAUAUUUUUAAUGCAAUAUGUUUACCAACUUGUUUACAACUUGAUGUCUGACUGGAACUGUAUUAAUAAACAGAUGUUAAAUGCU